AUGUUGCUGCUCCUGGUGUAAAUAUACUCGCAACAUUUAUUCCUCGCUCUGGAGACAAUGGAUUCAAACUUCAGUCAGGAACAUCUAUGGCAACCCCUCACGUCUCAGGAAUUGUUGCACUCCUCAAAGUUGCACAUCCUAAUUGGUCUCCUGCAACAAUCAAAUCCGCACUUGUGACUACUUCAUGGAACGAGGACACAUAUACAUCUGAAAUCUUUUUAGAAGGAACAGGAGACAAACUAGCUGAUCCAUUUGAUUUCGGAGGUGGAAUUUGUAAUCCAAAUGGAGCAACAGAUCCUGGCUUAGUCUAUGACAUGGAUAAAGAUGAUUAUUUGAAUUAUCUUUGUAGCUUAGGUUAUAGUAAUGAUAUGGUUUAUAAUGCAACUACAUAUUUAUCCUCUAGCAAAAAUUCAACAGCAGCAGGAGGCAUUGUAUGUCCGAAAAAAGUCCCUUCUAGGUUGGAUUUGAAUCUCCCUUCAAUAUCUAUUCCAAAUCUCAAGAACUCAGUUUCUGUCAAGAGAACUGUUACCAAUGUUGGAAAUGUCAACUCUAUAUACAAAGUAUUGGUUAAACCUCCGAGAAAUACUGCUAUUAAAGUAAGUCCACAUGUCUUGAAGUUUAACGCCAAGGCAAAGAAGAUUUCUUUUGAGGUCAAAAUCACAUCUACUCACCAAAGUAGUACUAAAUUUACCUUUGGAAGUUUGGCGUGGAGUGAUGGCAAGCAUUUUGUUAGAAUUCCUAAGCAAAUAGAUGUGUAA